ACAGGGGGAAGUGUAUGAAUGUGUUGGUCACCACCACUCAGCUGGUUCCAGCUCUGGCCAAAGUGCUGCUCUAUGGUCUGGGAGACGUCUUCCCUAUUGAGAACAUCUACAGCGCCACCAAAAUAGGAAAAGAGAGUUGCUUUGAGAGGAUCAUCUCUCGCUUUGGGAAGAAAGUUACUUACGUGGUUAUAGGUGAUGGACGAGAUGAGGAGUUUGCAGCAAAACAGGAAUUUAUCCUGAUUACCAUCUACAGUACACAGAUGAAGUUUGUUCGUAGACGGCCACGGUUCAGUUCGGGACUGUUCAGUGACGUCUCCUUUCAGCUUUUCUUUGCCAAGCACCACAAGCUGCAGAGAAUGGACAUGUCAACCAGGAUGUACCCGUGGUAGAGCAGAGUCGUGUAUCUCGUCCUGCCCUCGACCACGUUA